CGACGUCUCCACCACUACACCACACCUCAAGUCCACAACACCACCAGCCUCGUCUCAGCCGCUUCAGCAUACCACACCGCACGCAAACCCACCGCGCGCUACGACCACCACCGUCACCAUGGCCGCCGCGCGCUACGACGUGGAGAAGGGCGGGAGGAAUAACGGGGAUGGGAAGCCUUCGCCGCCGCCGCCGGGCCACCUGUACCCGCAGCGCGACGGGGAGAGGGAGUGGGUGCCGUGGUUGGUGCCGCUCGUCGUGGCCGUCAACAUCGUGCUCUUCGCCGUGGCGAUGUACGUCAACAACUGCCCGGCCCACGCCGCCUCGUCUCGCCGCGGCGGCGCCGGAUCAUGCGUCGCCCGCGGGUUCCUCCACCGCUUCUCGUUCCAGCCGCUCAGCGAGAACCCGCUCCUCGGGCCCUCGUCGGCCACGCUGCAGAAGCUGGGAGCGCUUGUAUGGGACAAAGUUGUGCGGGAGCACCAGGGGUGGAGGCUCGUCACCUGCAUCUGGCUGCACGCCGGUGUUGCCCACCUCCUGGCCAACAUGAUCAGCCUCGUGCUCAUCGGGCUCAGACUGGAGCAACAGUUUGGAUACGUGAGAGUUGGCAUCAUCUACCUUGUCUCUGGCGUCGGAGGCAGCGUGCUUUCGUCUCUGUUCAUCAGGAACAACAUCUCUGUCGGCGCUUCCGGAGCUCUGUUCGGGCUCCUUGGGGCCAUGCUGUCGGAGCUCUUCACCAACUGGACCAUCUAUGCAAACAAGGCUGCAGCCCUGGUGACCCUGCUGGUCGUCAUCGCCAUCAACCUCGCCAUCGGCAUCCUCCCGCACGUCGACAACUUCGCGCACAUCGGAGGGUUCCUCACCGGCUUCCUCCUCGGGUUCGUCUUACUGAUGCGCCCGCACUACGGCUGGAUGCAGCGCUACGCCCUGCCCUCCGACGUCAAGUACACCACCAAGAAGUACCUGGCCUACCAGUGGGCUCUGCUGGCCGUGGCCUCGGUCCUCGCUGUCAUCGGGUUCGCCGUAGGGCUGGGGAUGCUUUUCAGAGGAGUGAACGCGAAUGAUCACUGCGGCUGGUGCCACUACCUCAGCUGUGUUCCGACCUCCAGAUGGAGCUGUGGGAAGUGAAGAUCGGCGUGCUGACAAAAUGGACUUGAAGCCAGGAUAGAGCCCAUGGCCGCCCAUGGGACCUUUUCGAGCAAGCAUUUCCAUGAAUAGAUAGAUAUACAGCUCGCAGUCUUACUGUACAUAAUGUCACCAGGAUGUGGUUUAUAUAUGACAUUAUUUAUGCU